AUGAGCUCGACGAACUUUGCCGCUGCUCAGCAGCGCGUCCUUGAACGCCGUCGACGACGCGAGACCGAAGCCCAGAACCGACUCGCCGAACAACAACGAACCUCCGUCGCGAAUCAUCCCGCAUUGCAACGACUUCCCUAUCCCUUGAAUACCCUACCACAAUCAGGCUUCUCAAUAUGGAACGCGAUCAGAGGUCGCGAAGGCACGAGGCCUGCCUUCCGUGUUGGCCAGGUUGACGCGGAAUUGUUGGAUGAGGAGUUGCUCGGCCUGCUGAAGGGACAGGUUGGGGAUGCGCUCAAAUACUUCGGACCGCAUCUGCGCGAUGAUUGGUCCAACGAAAUUCAACUCGUUCUCCGCGCGAUUCUCUUCAAGCUCUCAAUAUGGGACCACGACGCUUCAUACGGCGCCGCUCUCCAAAGCCUCAAAUACAUCGACAGCCGCAGCAAAGGCCCCGUGCACUCAACGCCUACAAAGCUCCAAAAAUCUCUAUACGGCCUCUUAACUGUCGGCGGUCGCUACGCAUGGGACAAAUGGGAGAAUUGGCUCAUCGCCCAAGAAGGCGGCUACGAGGAACCAUCACAGGAAGUCCGGUCACUAUCCCGGUUAACUAACAUCUUCUCCACAUCACACUCCAUCGCAGCCUUUAUCUCUUUUCUUGUCUUCCUCGUAAACGGUCGCUAUCGAACACUAAUUGACCGUCUCCUCCGCAUGCGCCUUACACCCCCCUCCGCCCAAGCCAGCCGCGAGGUCUCCUUCGAAUACCUAAACCGCCAACUAGUGUGGCACGCCUUCACUGAGUUCCUCCUAUUUCUUCUCCCUCUCGUCGGCAUCAGCCGCUGGCGCCGCUGGAUCUCCCGCGCAUGGCGCAAAACGAUCUCCGCAAUCCGAUCAACAAGCGUUGACGAAGACGAAGACUCCGAAAAACAAGGCGAACUCGCAUUCCUCCCCGAACGUACCUGCGCAAUCUGCUACAAAGCCAAUAAUGACGCGACGACAGAAAGCGAAAUCAUGGCGUCUGCCUCAGCGGGAGCAGGGGGGAUCAUCGGCUCCGCACAGACUGACAUCACGAACCCCUACGAAACGAUACCCUGCGGUUGUAUCUACUGCUUUGUUUGUAUUGUCCAGAAACUUGAAGGCGAGGAGGGUGAGGGUUGGGUUUGUCUCAGGUGCGGAGAGCUUGUCAAAAAGUGCAAGCCAUGGAAUGGCGAUGUCCUUGAGGAAGAGACAAAACGGAGGUCAUCCUCGGGGAAGAUUGUUGGGUUUGCUGUAGAUGAUAACGCUCCCUCCGAGCAAGAACAGGUGCCUGUGGGUGAGAACCCCGCUGGUGCCGAGACAGCAUGA